AGCAGCCCUAUUAGUCGCGAAACUGCGCGAACGUAAUCGCGUUUACCGAGAGGAAUCUCACGCGUGAAAAUCGAGUAACGCGAGAUCGCGAUCGGCUGCCGCGUUUUUAACACCUUUGCUUAAAUCUCGAUUUUUGCGAGGUUUCUUUUCGUUGCGUUAUUUUAAUUUGUCUGUUCGCAUUAAAAAAAUAACACUCGUCAAAGUGCAAUCAAUGGUGAUCGGUGACAAUAACGAAAAUGCAGAGAGCCAUCUCUGAAUCAGUGCGUCGAGAUACUUUCAUAUUGCGCGAACGUAGCGAUUGCAAUUUCGUAUAAGAAUAUUGCGCGAUACCACGUGGAGUUUUGUCCGCGAUCUUCAUUCGUUUGAUACUACUUGGUUCUUCAAUAGGAUUCUUCAAUUGUAUGUUAUGACAGAAAACUUUCGAUUUCAUUGCGCUUUCAUCAAUUUUAAGUGGAACCGUUUUAAUCCACGUUAAACAUCGAGCGUCGAAGACUCGCGAGAAGUCUCGAGCAAAUUAAGAAGUCCGGAGGCACGUGAUGGAAUAAGCAGGGAGAAAGAGAGAGGAAGGGUAGUGAUAGCAGGCGAGUUGAUCGGUGCGUGGGUGCACGCGUGUAAUGGUGGAGCGAGUUGCACGCGCACGAUGCAGCUGAUGACCUUGAACUCCCUGCUGAUGUUCGAUCUCGUGUUCCUGUUUUUCCUGUUUCUCGUCGGGGUCUCCUGUCUCGUAUACUAUCUGCCGGGUACUCGAGCGCAUGCUUUCGCGCCACAUGAGAUCAUCACGGCGCGGACGCCGCCGCGCUAUGAUACGCCGAUCGACAAUGUGUAAGAAUGCCAACGGACGUGAUCGAAGUCCCAGGACUCGCGGUGGUAGCAGGGGAUGUUCUUACCCUGCGAGGCACAGGACUCGCUGCUGCAGAAACAUGGGCUCUCCUUUGCCAGGCUGCCCAGGCCCUCCAGGAUCUCUUCCUUUCAAAUGGAGGCGUGGUAGGUGGUUCGAGAGCAGGACCAGUUGUGACUCCGCAUACACUGGAAUUGACACCACGUGGUAGGGUUUUGCUGCAGCUUGCACCGCCAGAGACUGCUCGCGCGUAUCUACCACCAGAAUAUCGACCCGGUCGGAUUUAUUCGGACACGGAUUCGGAAAAAAUGUGGAUGUAUUCUUUAGGAAGAGCGUUACUUGACACGACCCCUAGAAUAGCGGCAUUAACGGGGACCGUUUCUGUUUCGCCUUCUUCCGCUUUGCAAUCAGUGUUGGCCGCUAUGACGGAGCCUGAUCCUCGCAGACGUGCCUCUUUGAUGAAUCUACUCGACGUAAUAUCCGAAUAUUGCCGGACGCGUCUACAAGCAAGACCUUUUACGCAUAUAGUGAUGGAGAUGUAUCGAGAAGUUGUAAGAUCACCGCAAUAUGCCGCGCGAAAGCGAGCAGCUUACUAUCAGAUGAAUGUUUUGUGUCCUUCACGAAACAUCAUCGAUCCAUCGACUCAUGAGAAAAUCUACGGCCAUUAUCAUCCGCAACGGCAGCAGGACCACGUCCAACUGUCAUCUUUUCAACAUCAGCUUCGUGUCGGACAUUUAUCAGAUCAGCUGACUAUUCAACAGCGGCAGCAGCAACAACAACAAGAUCACGUUCAAUUUCCGGUCAACCAAUUUCGCUCGCUUCAACAGCAGCAAAAUUAUACCCAGUACUCGCAGGAUCAUCGUCACAAUCAUCAUCACCAUUAUACGAAGGGAGCGAAUUUCAGGGCGCAAUCGCGCAAUUCCUUGUCGCAUCCUAAUCUAUCAAGCUUAUGCGGCUCGCAGCAACAGUAUGGAGAAGUUACCACUAUGAAUGUCUGCAGAACGCAGUUUCAAUCACAAGUGGAUAUUCAAAGCGGUAGUCGAUCGAUAGGACCGGCGACGACUCAUCAUCAACGUCGGAUUCAUCAUCACUCGAGAACGUAUUCACAGCCGGUUUACACACUGCCUCAGCACACCAGAAGCAGCGGCAAUCUACCGACGACAACCAACGCGACAGUCGAGAGUAAUCCUGACAAAAAUAUUUACAACGACCCAAUAUAUGCCCUGCCGGUUAAGCCCUUCCUGAGCUCCCAGGAUGUGCGGGUCAACGGAUUAAUGGCGAAAGCGAUCCGUCGUGGCGACGAUAUUCACGAUGGAUCAUCGAUAAACAGGCAUCCUUCAAACACCGGUCGCUCUCAGCCUGACAUAAUCUCGCAACCAAACGAACGCCUUCACGAGGAUAUUUAUGAUUGCACAUCUACCAGAAAAAUGGCCCUACAAAGGCAACAUUCGAAUCCGCAGCUUCCUAAUAGAACGCAAGUUGACGAUGAUUUCAAACGAUUGUCGCAACCAAGCGUCGCGAUCACUGAAUCUCGAUGCGUCGCGCAAAAGGAAGAACAAAUGAUUCGACAACAAAAUGUGUCUUCCACGAGGCUCAGGAGAAUUCAAGGACCCCCGAAACCACCUCGAAUUAUCACCACCCUAAGAAGAGCCGCUUUCUCCGACUCAGAGUGUAACAGCCAGACAGAACCGCCGGCAAAACCUCCCAGAAUUAUGGUGAAAAAUGGGCCAAGAGCUCGGCGAGGAAGAGCAGUGCAAAGGGCUCCAUCGCGCCUAUAUAGAACGGUUGGUGGACCCAUGAGAUGUUUCAAUAAAGCACAAUGUGUAGGUCCUGAAUUUGUCGUUCGUGCCAAUCAGCCUCCGAAAACACUCAGCGUGGGUCAAGUUAAGGCGGGCAGUUCUGGCCGGAUAGUCGUAAUAAUGCUGACAGGACAACGCGUGGAGGUAACCUGCGAUCCUCAAAAAGUCACCGCUGGAGAUUUAUUCCAGGCUAUUGUCCAAGCGGAGAGUCUAGAUGAGAAUUUCACUCUGGGUCUGGCCGUAUUAUUGGCCGGGGAUUUCGCGAUGUUACCACCCGACACGAAAUUAAAUAAAGUUGCACCACCGGGAUGGUUAAGUAGCGGCAAGAGCAAAAGUCUCCUGGGUCUACCGACCAGUUUCAUGCUGUACCUGCGGCUUCGAUUCUUCCUACCAUCCCUUCGCGGCAUUAGAAGCUGGAUAUCGAAGCAUCUACUAUAUCUACAAAUAAGACGAUGUAUAUUGGAGCAGCAGCUGGUCUGCCCCUAUUCCGAAUUAAUCAAUCUGACAGGUCUUGCACUUCAAGCCGAAUUCGGAAACUACAACGUCAACGAGCAUGGCUGUGGACAUUAUUUCCUCCUCGAGCAUUACGUGCCCGAGUCCUUGAUAUUGAGCGCAGACCGGCAUCAAUCGCAGCCCUGCGUCGACGCCGAUACACUUCGGGCGCAGCUACACCGCGCUCACCGCGACCGCCGUGGCUUAGACUCGAACAAAGCCGAGGAGAUGUUCAUAACUCACGCACAGUCCCUGCCGGAUUACGGCUCUCACUACUACAUCGCCACGGUGGACUCGAAGGAGCUCGAGAAACUAAUGGCACAGCAAAGAAAAGGGAAGAGGACCGUGCCCGAAAACCGCGACGUCGUGUCGUCGCUCGACGGCGCGGAAAACGCUUAUCACCAGAAGAAAUCUGAAGAGCAGGAAACUUGUCCUGCUUACGGCAACAUCGGGAUCCCGCGAUUAAGUUCUCGCGAGAACGCGGCGAUGAUUCCUUACGCGGAUGAGCAGACAAAAGGCCCGAGAUUGUACGAUGAGAUGUGCAAUAAUAAGAACAAUAAUAAUAAUAUCAAUGGGAUUAACGGCAAUAAUAAUAAGAACAAGACUGGCAAGAGGAAAGCGGAGAGCAACGUGUGGUUGGCGAUACACGCACAAGGUUUGAAGCUGCUGGAACGAGGGGGAGAGCCGAGGGAGAGAACGGAAUUGGCUCACUUUCAGUGGAGGGACGUGCAAACAUUGAGUUACAGCAAGAGUUGCCUGGUAGUUUACAGCAAGUUGAAUGGAAAACGAUGCAAGUUUAAACUACGGAUGGAUCAUCGAAAAAGUUACUUCGCUUUCAAGCUCACUUCCCUGCAUCAUCAGUUCUUCCUAAGGCUUCGUUCGGAGCUUACGUCGCUUCAAGGCCUUGCUAAAGAUUUUGGAGUACCUCUGACAAUGGAAACUAAGCCAUCGCCAUUGAAAGUCAAAGUCAGUGAUGGCAAAACUAAAAUAGCGAUUGCGAACACCGUCAAGGUGCAAAAGAAAAUGAAUUAUCCGAUGCAACUAGAGGAAUAUCAGAAUAAGGAGAACGAAAAUCCUCAAAAGGACACUAAUGUGGUGGCAACAAAAGACGUUAGUCGUGAACCCUUUUAUUCGUCCGAAGAUGAUGCUCUUUACGCACAAGUAAAUGUGCGGUUGGAACCAGAAGGUCAAUCGCGAGACACAGAGGAGGAAUCAGAGAGAGGCAUAACGACUCCGAACGAAAUUUUGUUGGAACCUAAAUCGAGCUUAGAAACGAAAUCAAAGGAUGAUAAACUCUACGGUUCCUCUCGUAUAGACAGCGAAACUGAAACCGAAUGCACGUAUUCGCUUCCGAAAACCAUGUCAAACAGCAUCAAUCAGCUGGAUAAAUCUAACAAUCCUGAAGAAUUGUACGCUGCCAUUAAUAAAGUUCGUCUGUCGGUCAAGAACGAGUUUCCUGUUCCGGAUGAAGUUUGGAAUGUAUCAGACGUGAGAAAGACAUUGCAAAAGAUGAAGACAUCUAGUUUACCGAAUUAUGGCGUGCCAAAACAGUCGGGUGGUUUUCGUACACCCAGCUUACCGCGUCGAUUGGGCGUGAAAAUGGGAACACGAGCAAUCUACAGUAGCUUGGCGCAGAAAGAUAUCGCGCUUACCGACGACACGGAAUCGCUAUCUUUAAAAUCCGACACCGAAUCAUCCAUUCAAUCGAUAUCGGCGCGAUCCACCGAAUCACCCAUGCCAGAAGCAUACGUGCUGAAUGCCGAUAUACGAACCGACGACGAAACUUUUCAAGUUCCGGAGGACGAAUCAAUGUCGGCAUCCUUAAUGGCUCGUUUCGAAGAGCUGUCGUUUGCCGAGGAACGAGUUUUGCGCACGAUCAAGUUAGAACGCGGUCACGGUGGCAGCAUAGGUUUGCAAGUGAUGGAAGGUAACGGCGGCGUUUAUGUUCAGGCGGUCUCUGUUGGUGGAUCAGCUGAUAUGGCCGGAAAUGUUAACAAAGGUGACCGGAUCGUAGCAAUAAAUGGACAGAAUCUGCUCAAUCUUUGCUAUGAGGAGGCUCUGAAGAUGCUGCAGAGCUCGUCUGAAACGGUUGAGUUGGUCCUUUCGCAACCCGCUAUUCGAAAGAAUAUGGAAUCGAAAGAUGAACAGGAUCAAGCUGAUGUGGGGAAACGUUACUUACAAGACAUCAAAUUCGACGUGUCGUCAGAGGCGGAAACGUCCAGUAUGAUGAACAAAUGGAUCAAUCAGAAAACCACGGAUGUAGCAUCGGUGCAGAACACCUCGAGUGCUUAUAGUAGUGCCGCGUCUAGCGCGAUGGGGAAUCAUAAUAAUGCUAAUAGCUUAUACAUGACUGAUUUUGACAAUAAUACGCUAAAAUCUGCCAGUAUGUUGCUAUCUAUAGAAGAUUUCGACGUCAGUAGAACAAGCCGUCAAGUUUUUAUUUAGAUGGCGGAAAUCCACCUGUGCCACCGCGACGAACAAAACGCAAGAAUAAAUCUGCACCGAUCGCGCCGUCGAUGGCGAAAAGCGAUGCAAUGGAAGCGACAGACGAUGCGGGAUCUCGGCAAGAACCCCUGCCGGAA